CAUUUGGGUCUCGUGCCUGCUGUUCUCUAAGGUUGGGCGCGUGCCCGCUCAACUUGUCCCUCACGUGCUGCUGAACGCCCCUAGACAGACUGUACUUUCACGUGAGCAGGGUGAGGGCGGGGGCACGUGUUUGGCCACGAGUAUCUUCUUGUCCAGGAUAGGAUGAGUCUGCGCUCGAGCACGCUGUAUUGUUUUCCUCGUGUGGGGGGGGGUGUAUCGACAGUGAGCGUGCACAGUUUAACCCGUGCACAUGAUUAGAGUGUGUUGCUUGUAAGCGCGAGCACUGCCACGUUCCAUUUUAACGUAUGCUGGCCGCACGAGACUGUAUGUUCUAAUCGCGGUUCACGUUCUCCUAUGUAGAGAAUUGAUCCCGAUAUGGGCAUUUUCCGGCCAAUGAGCUACUACCAGAGCUGCUGCUACUACACAGACAGAAAGAACCGUUCGUGUACUGGACAACACUGACAGCCAAUCAGAUGCUACUAUUCUACGAGGAGGCGGGACGAGCGACUCAUGAAUAUCCAAUGAGCACGCUCGGUGGGCGAGGAGAACAAGGGCUCUGUGUAGUGUUGUUUUCGCAUCCAAACGUUGAUAUUGACAAACAGGCCUGACGUAAACAUAGUAGCAGCGGGGACACAAGCUUGGAGCCGCGUUUGUUUUAUUGUCGUUACUCAUUGGAGGAGGCAGGUCUCGGUACUCGUCAGGAACAUCGCCCCGGUGUUGCUCGGAGCUUGGCAGCGAACAAUGCCUGGCAAAGCCGCGGUGACAGCGGCGCUUCAGCCCGACGGUAACACCGUUACGGCGGCUACGCAGAAGUCCUUCCCCUUUGUCCUGAAGAAGAUCAUGGACAUUCCGCCUCCUAACAUCCUGGAGGAAGGCGACGACGAAAUAGAGAAAGAGAAGCUGUGCUCAUCAGAGGAUGUGGAGGGAGGCGGGGCUGAGGCAGCCAGUGCUGAUGGAGGAUCCAGAGGAGGAGGAGGAGGAGGUGGCGGUGGUGGUGGUGGAGGGGUAUCAGCCUCCUUGACCCCAGCUAUUUGGGAUAAAACCAUCCCCUAUGAUGGGGAGACCUUCCACUUGGAGUACAUGGACCUCGAUGAGUUCCUGCUGGAGAACGGGAUCCCCGUGACCCUGGAGGAGGAGGAGCUGCAGAAGACUCUCAGCUCAGUGAUAGGAAAAGGCAAAUUCAUCCCCAAGGUUACUGCUACAGCUACUACUAUCACUACUACUCCUCCCGCCACUACUGCUGCCGCCGCCGCCGCUGCAGCUUCCGACUCUGCCUCCGCCUCAGCAUCUUCCCCGUCCAACGCCGCCACCACCUCUGUGGUCACCUCAGAUCCAGAGGAGACGGUGACUGUUACUACGUUACAACCAGCUAAACUAGAGGAAGAAGAAGAAGAGGAGGAAGAGGAGGAAGAGGAAGAGGAAGGACAGGAAGAGGAGUCUUUGUCCGAGGAGGCAACAGCAGAAGUGGAAGAGAAUCAAACAGAACGUAACCCUGCAGAACGUAACACACCCUCCCCUAUCGACCCAGAUGCCAUUGAGGUGGACAUUCAUUUCCAGCCUGAUCCCACAGACCUGGUCCUGUCCAGUGUGCCGGGCGGAGAGCUGUUCAACCCACGCAAACACAAGUUCUCUGAGGAGGAGCUGAAACCGCAGCCUAUGAUCAAGAAGGCCAAGAAGGUGUUUGUUCCCGACGAGCAGAAGGAUGAGCGAUACUGGUCCAGGAGAAAGAAGAAUAACGUGGCAGCGAAGCGUUCUCGUGACGCACGGCGGCUGAAGGAGAACCAGAUCACAGUGCGCGCCUCCUUCCUGGAGCGGGAAAACGCGGCGCUGCGGCAACAAGUGGCUGAGCUGCGUAAAGACUGCGGCCGCUGCAAAAAUGUCCUGGCCCGAUAUGAGGCUAAGUACGGCCCACUGUAAAAAACCCACAAAGUAUCAAUGAGACAAAAAGCAGAACUCCCUUCCCCGCAGAAUUCAACACCGACACAAACACCAAGGGAAUCUAAAUUUGCACUGUUUUGUCUUUGCUGACCGCCAGUCACUGUGUCAAACUCAAGAGUGUUUUGGAUACACACUGGCAGGCAGUGAGGCAUGAUGGGAGCGGUGGUCACAGGAUGGCCUGUGGAGAGCGCCUGGCUCCUACACUCAGAGAGGAAGGGGACGAUUGUGGAUACUCCCAUGGUAAAACACACAUGGAAAAUAUGGUCCGUCUCAAGAUGGUUCAAAUAAAGUCAGGGAAUAUGAAACGAGUAGACAGGUACAAAAGAAUCACAGGCUUUUAAAUACUACACAGAUCAAUUUUUAUCACUGCACAGCACUUCUUCUUCUUAGUGGACCAAAGCAUGAAUACAUUAGAAGUUGUGUAUUUAGAAUGGUGCACACUCGGCAUCCCUCACGUUUCCUUGUGUUGUACUUAUGUUAGGUGUCUGUUGUGUCUGUACUUCCUUUAAAAUACUCCGGCUCAGACGAAGGAUGUUGAUGAACUCAUGGCAGGGUAAGAGAGGAGUAGUACUUCCAGGCUGAAGAAGGGAGGAAGCAAAGAGCUCAGGUCGGCAGAGGAGAUGGGAGGAUGGGAGUCCGUUAUAGUGGUGUGAUUCAGUCACAGUUCUUCCUUCUUGUAACCCACAUGGACGCCUCAGCGCACACAAAUGUAGUUUAAACUUUGUUUUAUGUAAUUAUCUCCCCGCACCACAGAGGUAUGUGCGCGCAUCAGUGUGUAAUCCAUUUAUGCACUUUUUUCUUCAAAAAACACAGAGUGUAAAACCUUUACUACAAACCCAAUGGGGGAGACACAGUGGUGGCUUGUUGCGGGAGAAAAAAAAACUAAAUGCAUGGCCUACAGUUUAAAGCUACUUCCUUUUCCUAUUAACCUCAGAUCAGCUUCCAGAGACAGAUUAGAUUUCCCUAAUGGAGAGAGAUUUGUAGUUUUUCUUUUUCUGUACGUUACCGUUAAAGGUUUUUGUCUGACGAUCUCCAGGGCCCUCACAGGUGGAGGGGUAUGUUGACAUGUAGGGAUGUUUAUUUUACUGCACACUGCAGGCAGAGGGCGCUACAGCCACUGCCUGACUGAUCGUGGGGUAGUGAUGGCUGGAUUGAUUCUUUCUGUUGUUGUUUUUUUAACAUUUAGGCAGGCCCAAAGUUGACUGCUUCUAAACCUUGUAAAUAAACGAUAGUCUCAUGGUCUUUAUUUCCCGAGACAGGGAUUCUGACUGUGUCUUUAUUAAUCCAAUAUUAUUCCUUAUAUUUGCCAAAUAGUCAAUGAGUGCUGUAUUUAUUCUGAUGGUAAUAAUGCAUCUGUUGAUUGUGAUGUACAACAUUAUGUCAGAUAAUUCUAUUUCCUUUUGAGGAACAAUACUUCUAAUGAAACCAAUGCAGGGAAUUCAAUGGGUAAACUGUGCUUUUGGCUGUUUGUUUUAAAAACAGAUUUAUAUAGUUUUAUGGGAUUUUAUUUCCUCUCUAUAAUAUACAUACAAUAUGUGUCUGAAGUGAACACACAGAGGACAAGGCACACUCUUAUUUACCUCAUCCAACACUUCCUAUUUUGAAUGGGUAACAGUUUAGUAGGGCUACAAAGUUGUGUUGGUUGAAACAGAGAGCACAUAAAAAGCAGCUUGGAUACAUUUUGGCAAAAAAAGAGAAAUAUUGAGUUCUUUUUGCCAAAGUGGCCGAGUCUGCGUCUAAAUUAGUAAAUACAUUACAGACUGUUAUGGGACUCUACAGUAUAUCUCAAGUGUCUUUGGCUGAUGCAGAUUUUGUGAUCGGUCGGCUUGUGCUCAUUAUCGCCGUUAUCUUGGAAAGAAAAUAAAUGUGGCAAUAAUACUCUGUUAUGUAAUGCUCGUUUUAUUUCAGUGAUGAUGUUAUAUGUAAAAUUGCUAUGAUGUACUAAAUAGACAUGCCCCAAAGUCAUUUGUGCUUCCAGUUUAGAUCCUCUGUAGUCUAGGAUCCUAAUGCAUGAAACCCAGUAAACUUGUCUUUUUCUUUUUCUUGCAUAUUUUACACCAAGUGUACUUAUGUCUGUAAACCAUCACUGAAAAGUAGAUAUUUGGAUGGGUAGGCUGAUGGUCUGUUGUACAGUUCUGUCAAAAGAAAAAGCAGAACAUCUUUACGACGAUGUCCUGUGUUUAAAACAUGCAUAAUAGAGCCACCCAUCCUUGUGCAGCCAGUGCUUGACCUUGGGGCGAACAUCAGCUGAAAACAGCAUCUUUUGAUCACUGUGUGGAUUGUUUUCUAUUUACUAAAGAUUGAUCUAUAUCUAGAUACACUGGAUCCGUUGGUGAUUUUGUGUUUUCUUGAUAGAUUCUGUGUUUAAGUUUCCUGAUGGUAUAACACACAUUUCUUAGCAAUGUGUUUUAUUUUGCAUUGACAUUCAAACUUGACAUUGACUGCAUUUGUGCUGUUUAUACAUCAAUGCAGUUGAUGAAUGCAAACUUCUGGUUAUUUUUUUAACUAAAUUAAAAAUGUUCUGCAUAAGGCUGACUAAAGGUACUGACCAAGAGAGAUUUUUGGAAGACAACAAAUCAAGAUAAUAUAUAGUGUUGCAUACAGUAUGUAGCAAUUUUUUCUCUCUUUUUUGUGAUGCAUAGCGCAACCUGCUCAUUGAUGUUAAGCAGGCUGCAAAUUCUCCAGGAAAGGACAAUAACAUUAACAGCAGUUUAGAUAUGCAGAUGUAGAUCUGUCGCCACCUACAGGCAAUAAAUGUGCAACUGCAUGUUUUUUUGUGUCUGAAGUUUUCAUUUUAUUUUGACCCUUACUUCACCUGUUAGCUAAAAAUAUAAAUAUAAACAUGAUUUUUUUUCACAGUAAUAGUAACCUCCAUGUAUGAUUUUUAAAAUGAAGCUUUGUCAAACACUUGAUCGACAGAAACUUGAGCAUGAAAGUGUUUAUUGACCUGUCAAGAAUGAAACAAUUUACCAAGAAACAACAAAAGUGUUGAUAUGAUGAAAGUUUAAAAUAUUAAAUAUUAAAUGUCACACACAAAAUGUAUUUUAAAAAAUUGCAGUUGUAACACUCUGCCUGCAGGUGGCACACGUGUAAAAGUGCUAUUGUUUUCUUUACCUGUAGAUGGUGCAAAUUGACACCUACAGCUGAAAUUCCUGUUUUCAACUGACUUUGGGUGCUUUGCAUCAGUGACACUCCUUGUUUACUAUUUAAGGUAGCUACAAUACUCGUGGAAAAAUAUUGAAGUCUCUAUUGAAAACAUUUUUAAAGUUUUGUUUGUUUUGUGGUGUUUUGCUUCAUUUCCUCUUUUUAUAUAAAAAAUAUUAUGUUGAGUGUUUUUUGUAUUGUCCUAACCAUGUAUAAGAUACAUGCAACUGCAGUACCAUGUCCUAACUGUAUCUUGUAUUAUGCAUAUGAAAUAAAUUGGGAUUUAAUGACA